UGGUGGGUCAGACCUCGAGAAGUGAUUAGCCUUGUGGGGGCAAACCACCAAACUUGAUCGACGUGUACUAACGUAGCCUUUUUGAUUCCUGGUGCCAGGAAAAAUAUCGUCCCCAGACAGCGAGCCACCCGAAGGUAGCGCAUCACCCAAGCCAGUUCAGCACCGCUAGCAUGCCACCGGUUUUCAGGGGCAUCUGGGCUACCUCGCGGGGCCGACUCCAGAUGUUCUCAUUUUUUAUUUUUCUUAAUAUGACACAACGAGUCGUAGCAUGCUUGCCUGACAAAACUUUGACCCUCACGACGACAUGCCGUUCAAACACUUACCCAAUCCGAAUCUUGACGGAUGAAGCAGGGACCCUUGUGCACUACUACGAAAGCGAGGCUGACGCACCCGGGAUGCCGGAGGUCCUCUCUCUCCCUGAAUCCGCAACCGGACGCAAGGCCCGAAUCUCAAUAGAAACCCUGAAGCUCGCGGCGCAAGUGCGGGCGAGCGGCGCGCGCCUGGUGCUCGUGUCGGGCACCCGCUACUCGACGUUCGUGAACCGCCUCCCGUUCCUCCCGCGCGCCGACGCCUACGUGAUCGAGAACGGGGGCCGGGUUUUCUACCCGAAAAAGGAUGUCGCUUCGGUAUCGGCCGCUGCGGGGAGCGGGGACAAGGGGCACACGGAGGCCAACAGCGGUGAAGGAGGAGGAGGAGGCAGCGGAGAACCUUCCUGCCCGGAUGAGAGGUCCGCGGUUGGAGACCCCACGCUGACGGCGCACGCGGCAUCAGCGCUCACGGAGGACCUGAAGUGGAGGGAGACGAUGGAGAGCGCCACCGGGCCGGCGUCACAGGACGCGAUCGCGCCUGAGGACAGGGAGGGCCCCCUCUGGGACGUGUACCGGGCCGCUGUUGCCGAGGGCUUCGAGGUGGACACAAACACCUACUACACCAUGAUUAGGAUAAAGGUGAAGACGGGCGGCAAGAAACCGGCUCGAGAGAAUCCCGAGGGAAAAGGGGCUGAGGGUCCACAGGAAGAAGAGGAGGAGGAGGAGGAGGGGGAGCGGGGGGGUGAAGCAGCCAUGGAAAAACUGUUGGCCUCUCUGCCUUCCGACCUGCGCUUCGUGACAAACUUCGGCUUGGUGGACAUCUGCCCGUUGCGGAGCGGGAAGCACAACGCCGCGGCCUUCUUGGCAAGGGAGCACUUCGACAUUCCUCUGGCGAACUGCGCUUCCAUGGGAGACGAUGACAACGACAUCGCCCUGGCCAACUCUAUGGGGAAGGGGGCCUUCAUCACCACCUUUUCCUCCGAGUCCGUCGAGGCCGCGGCCAAGGGAAACCCGGAGCAGUUCACGGUGGCCAAGUCCGAAGGAGUCCAGGCAUCGGAGGAGAUGCUCAGGCUUAUCGUGGCAGCUUGCUCUUGAGCGCAGCGGUUUGCCGCGGCGGGGGAGGUCACGGUGUCGUCGGUUGGGGGCGCACUGCUGCGACUGUGGUACCUAUUUCUCGUAGUAUUCUGUAGCGGUUUCACGCCAUUGGUUGUGCCCGGUCACCAAUACGUGAUACGGCCUUGGCUGUCCGAGCAAAUUAACAUGUGAUGCGGCCAAAACGUUGUGGGACCAGAAAGUGGGAAUCAUGUCGGCUGUAAUUGGUUGUGCCGCCGCUCCAAGUAUUAGCAUUUGUUUCAAUGGGGAGUGGGAUCCAGGCACGUGCACAUCAUUGUAGGUAGAACCAUCAUCGGUAAUUCUUUGUUCUCAUUGAUCCUUGCGCGUCUAGAUUUUCAGGUCUCUCGGUAGACAAGGGCCUCAUAGAAUUUGUAGAUGGGUGAGUGGGCAGUUUGUGUGCACUCUGUCUGCUUGGAAUGCUCUCACUAGCAUACUACCUGCAAGGUGCCUGGUAGUGGUAACAUGAGCGCGGGGUACGCGCGCAGAAGUGGACGCCGGUGGUCAUGGGAUUUCUGUAGCUGGCC